CGAUUCGCUUCGAUCAAUUAAAUGUGAACUUAGCCGCGUGUUAUUUGAAUCAGCUGGCGCGUAAGCACCACCACAUACUAUAUAUAUAUAUAUAUAUAUAUAUAUACCGAAGGAUACAGAUCGCGUGUAACGUUUGAGAUUAAUUCUUGUUAAAUUACAUUAAGUAGUCACUCGACUGCACAUUGCAAAAUUAGGUUACACAAGAAUCGUUACGAUCUUUUUUAAUUUUUCUGACUCGCAGAGCUCGCACUAUAUCUACACUCCAGAAUAACGUGAGUCAGCACGGCUAUACUUCCGAAGUGGGAGCUCCGUUUUGCGGCCCUUUAAAUUACGCCACUGCUGCAAGACAAAAGGACGAAAAAGAAACGAUAAGACAUUGUCGAUGCAAAAACCGUAGGCGUUCGCGCAGCAUCGCAUCGCGCAGCCUGCGCAGGUUCCGUUAGUCUCAACGAAUAUACAAACCAAAGAAGCUGACCAGUUCCUCAAAGGCCUGCGGUCGUCAUGAAGUCUCGAGAAUCAAUAUUAGGACGUGCGGCGAGGGGUGCGUGCCAAUAGUUUAGCAGAAGACGUCUGCUGGAGCCGCAGCUAAACAAAAGGAUCAAUACCUGGCCGUCGACAGUUUCAAAUUUUCUCUCGCGGAGCAGCAGACCGCGGAGAGAUAGUUUCACGUUUCCUAGCAACUCUUUGUAUUAUAGCGCACUACAUUGCAUACAGCUGAAAAACCAUGGAGAAAUCGGAGAGUCAACCCAAAUCAGUUAAAAAGAAAAGCAGCAAGUCAACGGCGAGUGCAGAUGUUGCAACGCAAUGCGUCCAAGUUGUAGUACGAUGUCGUCCUAUGGAUGAAAAAGAAACUGCUAGGAACUGUACACGCGUAGUGGAAAUGAUUCCUUCUAGAGGAGCCGUUGAAAUCCGUAAUCCUAAGGAAGAUCCAAGCAAGGACACUGUCAAAGUAUUUUCAUUCGAUUCGGUGUAUGACUGGAACAGUUCUCAACAAGACAUUUACGAAGAGACAGUGAGACCAUUAGUAUCUUCUGUGCUCGAUGGAUUUAAUGGCACAAUAUUUGCCUAUGGACAAACUGGAACUGGAAAGACUUACACAAUGGAGGGCUAUGGAACUGAUGACUCUAAACGAGGCAUUAUUCCACGAUCCUUUGAGCAGAUCUUCACUCAUAUAAGCAGGUCAAAAAAUAUUCAGUACCUUGUGAGAGCUAGUUAUUUGGAAAUCUAUCAAGAGGAAAUCAGAGAUUUAUUGCACCAAGAUCAAAGUCUGCGCUUUGAAUUGAAAGAGAAGCCAGAUACAGGAGUUUUUGUUAAGGAUCUGUCAAAUUCUGUUUGCAAAAGUGCAGCAGAAAUUCAACAGCUAAUGACUACUGGUAAUCAAAAUCGAACUGUAGGAGCUACCAAUAUGAAUGAGCACAGCUCACGAUCGCAUGCAAUAUUUAUUAUCACUAUAGAGAUGGGUGACAGUUGUGGAAUCAGAGUAGGUCGCUUGAAUCUGGUUGAUUUAGCAGGAAGUGAAAGGCAAAGCAAAACUGGAUCUACAGGUGAAAGAUUGAAGGAAGCCAGUAAAAUCAAUCUUAGUUUAUCAGCUCUUGGAAAUGUCAUUUCUGCAUUAGUUGAUGGUAAAACUUCACAUGUGCCCUACAGAGAUUCUAAAUUAACAAGGCUGCUGCAAGAUUCUUUGGGUGGCAAUUCCAAAACAAUAAUGGUAGCAAAUAUUGGUCCUGCGAGCUACAAUUAUGAUGAAACCCUCACUACAUUAAGGUAUGCUAAUCGAGCCAAAAACAUAAAAAAUAAGCCUAGAAUCAAUGAAGAUCCAAAAGAUGCUUUACUCAGACAAUAUCAGGAAGAAAUUCUUAGACUAAAAGAAAAAUUAGCUCUGAAAGGUCCAUCAUCACAGCGAAAGAAACGAAGAUCCAAGAAGAAGAAAGAUGAUGAAAAUGAGGAAUCCGAAUCUGAUACUGAAAAUAGCCAUGAUGACAAUGCGAAGAUUUCAGAAAAAGAGAAAAAAUUAAUAGCAGAACAAUUGAAAGCAGAAAAACAGGAGGCUGAAAAUCUAGUACAAAGGAUAAAAGAAUUAGAAAGUAAAAUGCUCUGUGGAGGGAAAAAUAUUAUUGAUCACACUAAUGAGCAGCAAAAAGCAUUGGAACAGAGAGCCACGGAAAUUGCUGAGCGCAAAAAGCGCGAAGUGGAAAUGCAGCAGAAACUUGAAGACCAAGAACUUACCACAUUAGGAGUACGCGAAACCUUUACUACUUUGCAACAAGAAGUUGAUGUUAAAUCCAGAAAACUUAGAAAAUAUUAUGCUAAACUGCAAGUUUUAAAGCAGGAUUUGGAUGAUGUUACAAACGAAUACAACCGCGAUAGAAGAGAAUUAGAGCAAACUCAACAUGAAUUAAUGAAGGAACUUAAGCUAAAAUAUCUAAUCAUAGACAAUUUUAUACCAGUUGAAGAAAAACACAAAAUUCUUUCUAGAGUAAGGUUCGAUGAGGAUGAGGAUUGUUGGGUGGUGAAGGAGCCAGAACCAUCCAGUGUUGAAAACAUUAAACGUCCAGUAUCAGUUCCUGGUUUACGAAGGCCGAUAACUGAGCACGCACGAACUGCUCUUGCCAUGGGGAGAGGACAUCGGUAUGCUGGCGAAAAUAUUUUAAAUCUUGAAUUUGACAUGCCUGCCCGGACGACGUUAGAUUAUCAGAAACCUGUGAUUGCGCCGACUAUUCAAGCUGUCUUAGAAAAGGCCUUAUGCGAUGAAGGAGAUAUUGACGUAGAUGCAUCUAAUGCAAACUUCAAAUCUAGAUCACGAAUUCAAUCUGCACGAGCACGACCAAAGAGCGUUGGUAAAAUUCCUCAAAUACCAGCGCCGAUAUAUCCGAAAACCAGAGGCUUAGUUCCAAAAUAAAUUUUUGCACCUCUAUAUUUUAUUAUUUAUUUGCAGAGGAACAAAUUACUGUAAAUAUGUAUUAUGCUUGAAUUAGAAAUUGCGCAAUUGUAAUUUCUUGAGACUUUAAAAAUGUAUAGAUCUUUAAUUUUGCCAUUUAUAAUUGAAGUAUGUGAUCAACUUUUACGUUACAUAAUUUAUUUUUUAUCUAUUUUGUUACAAAAAGACUUAUAUUUUUGCCAUAGCAAUAUUUAAAGUUAUCAUUUUUCAUAUAUGAAUAUUACUUUACUGUAGCAGUAUUAAGGGCUCUAAAUAAAAAUAUUUACACUAUUCGAUUAAUUGUUUUUGUGUUUGACUGAAUAUGUAUUUUAUAGAUUUUUUAUUUUUGUUUUUGUAUUCGAAAAUUAAUUGUACCAGAAUAUUUAUACUCCAUAAUAUAUGAUUAGUAUAUAUGAUGAAAUGUAUACUGUAACAAUUUUGAUAAAAAUGAGCAGUAGAACAGAUUCUUCAUUUAGCAUCAACGAAAUAAUUAAAUAAUUCUUGAGUUUCUAGUCAAUUUGGAUGUUUUAUCUGAUGUGUAUUACUUAAUUUUAAAACCAAAAUAUGAAUAAAAUGCAUCAUAAGAAUA